AAGAAGUUGUUCUCGAGUUGACCCUUCACGCGAUGUUGUGCUACAUUUUUUUUGCACUUGGUGCCGUGAUCGCCCUAUUACUGGUCCUUAUCUGUAUUUUUGCGCUAUAUGUAGCUCGUUUAAGGCGCAAAUUUGCUCACAUACCAUCUGCACCAUUGACAAGGUGAGGUGUUUAUUUUCUUCAACUUAAAUCUUUUCUUUCCACUUCACUGCCCUUCGUUUUGGCCAAACCUGCCCCCUGAAUUGUGACUGUAUCUUGUGGCUAAUUUAAUCAGUGGGUAUCAUAUUUCUUCGUACGCCGUUGUGGCAAAUCGUGCGCGUGCAAGGUUGAAAGGCCUGCAUCGGUAAAAAUUAGGAACAUUCUGCGACAGUCUUACGAGGACUACUGCCUGCUACACUCUCUCAGCGACGCAGCAUCACAGUUUCUUUAGAAACUUGCCCCUUUAUUCAUAUAGAUCGUGUUAGUCACAUAUACGCCGUUAUCUGAUUACCGCAAAGAUCGGGGAGGUGAGGAACCAACCCCCGCCUAGAAUAUAUGUUGCAAGAACAAUUGGUGAACCAUUGCACAUGAAUUGAAUCGCAUUAAGUAAAGAGAGCUCCUUUUUUAAUUUGCGAAAUUAUAAUUAUUUUUAGAAGGAACUGGGUGUAUUAACUACUAAUGCACAGAAUGCGACUUUGGAAAGUGCGGUCAAUGUGUCACUUCAUUAUAGUGCAACCGAAUUUCCUGCGACAAGAAGAAUGACUUAACAGAAGAGCUUUUGCUGCUAUGAUGACAACCCUAUGCAUUUUGGACUUUUGCCUCUUGCCUUUUGCACCUUAUUACUGCCUAGGAAUGUUCCCUUGUGGAGAAGUAUGGGGGGAGGGGGGGGGCGACUUUAGUAUUCUAUGGAAGUUAGGGAACAUAGUCUUUCUCCCAAGUCUUCCUUCAUCCCUCCUCAAUCACUGUAUUUUUUCAAAUAAGUGCUCAUGCUCUAAUAACCGCUCUCCCCCAUAUAAGAAUUCUCCCUUAGGCCAUUAGAAGUCGAAGGUUUACGGUCAUUUCGUUCCAUGGUCAAAUCGUUCUAAGUCAGAUCUUUCCACUCAAUGGUCAGAUCGUUCCACAAAAUAGUUAGGUCAUUCCACAAAAAAGUCAGUUCGUUCCACAUAUAUGGCAUAUUUUUUCUAAAAGUGUUCAUGUGAUCUGAGUACAGAGUAGCGAUCGGAACAUAGACGAAAGUAUUUUCUGAACUAUUUACAUAAUAGUCAGAGCGUCGUAUGUUAAUUUCCGUGUGCAUUGCGGAACGAUAUGAGAACUAUUAAAAUACAUUUUGUCGAUUUUUUGACUACAAAUAGUAAUUUCCAAUUUUUCAGAGAAAGGGUUUCUAUUUUGCCUGUUCUGGUUUACGCCCGUUUCCAGCGCUGGACUAUUUUUUAUCCGUCAAUUUAUAGGAAAAGGGGGUGUUUUGACUACUAGUCAAGGGAGGGGGGACUGGAGAGCCAAGAAACAAGAUAAGUACUGAAUUGUAUCAGUUGCUUUAUGUCCCUCUCAGAAACUUAUGGAGGAAUAUCAAGGAAGGAAAUUUAAAAGGAUUUUUUACAAAAGUAUUCCCACCAAACAAUUCUAUACACAAUGUAUGUUUAGUUUCUUCAUUUUUCAUUUUUUUUAAAGUUUCUUUGCUGGGCACUUGAAAGACAUUAUUGCAUGCCAUAAUGCAGGAAAUCCCAUUAACGGCUUAUUUCUACAAUGGUAAGUAACUUCUCGAAUCAUAGUGUUUAGGAGUGAAUUCUAAGCACUGUUCUAUUGACAGUGCUAAACAUGAUAUGAGCCUGUUUUAGGUUUAAUUAUAGUAUUUCUAGAGGUCUUUGGGGGAAUUAAAAAGUUUGAAAGAGUGACAGAAAUUUGAACUUCUUAACCAUAACUUUGCUUCAAGACCUUGAUCAAAAUCUCCUUUUUCUUUCGACCUCACAACAGUACAUGUGUUUCAGGGAUGAUAUUGUGAAGAGAAAUUAGAUGCUUGUCACUCUUAGGGGUUAAAGGGUUAAGUACUUUGGUAAAUGUGAUUUCAGAUUUUAGAUCAGAAAUAAUUUUUUAGUUGAAGGUGACUUAAUGGCAAAUUAAUUUAGAUGUUUUAACUGAAUUAUCCUUGUGAUUUGUUUGUUCUUUUGUUUACAGGCAUAUCGAAUAUGGUGCAAUUUUUGUUUGUUGGUUUAUGCAUUUCCCAUUUAUUGUGGUAACUGAUCCAGAGAUGGUGAAGGUACUUGUUGAGAAAAUAUAACAUACAUUAUAAAAUUAUAUAUGCAAUAAAUAAGUAUAUUUCUAUUGAGUUUUUAAACCGACUCCAAAUUAACUCUUGAAGCUUGAAGUCUUGGCUUCCACAAUGAGUUAGUUGAAAAGAUUAAUUUCAGUACAACUUAUGUAGUUUACCUGAAACAAAUUGAUUGUGUUUCAUGAUAGCAUUUUUGGGAAGCUAAGUAAUCUGGUAAAAGAAAAUCCUUGGAAUAAUAGACUCACAAAUGUGGAAGGUGUGAUAAUUUUCAUGGUUCUGGUAUUUUAAUUCAGUAAUUUUGUGCUUUCAUAUGGCUUAAUUAAGGAACAGUUCUGAAGCUUUUCAAUAAUAUCCAGGAAAUUAAAAAUUUCCAAGAAUUACUAAUCAUUCAUUAAUAAACAUACAGUGAUUGAUGUCGACUUUUUUCUGCAAUUUUGCAUGGAAAAAAAAAAAUUUGAAGUUAGUUGCAUAGGAGAGUUAUUCUCACUUUUGGUUGAUUCUUCAAGCUUGACAUCCCUGCAUAUAGGUUUGGAUAUCUUCCAGAUUGUAGGCUAAAAAAUUUUUCCCUUUCAAUUUUUCUUAGGACAUUCUUGUUGUCUCUAACCUCCCAAAGCACUUCUUAGCCUAUUGCAAUCCUUACUAUCUCUUUGGGCAAAGGUAAAUUUACUUUAUGUUACCUUGUUUAAGAUAAUAGCUACACUCCCAGACAUAAUUAGUUUGGACAUCACUUCUCCUGAACGAUAUGUAUCUUAGAAUAAGAGAGAGCUUGGUAAAGAAAUAGAGAAAGAUGUUUUUCAUCUUGUGGCAUUCUAAACAUCUCGUAAUGUUCGAAUUCUCCGUCUCCCUCACUCAGUGUUGUUAAUUCCUAAUGUCUCUAUGCCAUCUUGUAGACCAACUUUGAGAGAGGCAAGGGAGACAGUAGGUGUCCCAACAGAUGUGUCUGGGAGUGUAAUUUUUAUUGUCACAGUGGUUUGUCAUGUUUUUGCCAGAGCAAGGGACUCUUUAACUUAAAAGUAUAAGAACUUUGCAGGUGUUAGAGACCAUGGUUUGGUCAAAAUUGGAAGUAAAGAAUCUUUAUUUGUCCUCUUUGGUAUCAAUAGGACAGACUGGAAAAAGUUCAAGAGGCAAGCCCUUGUGUUCUAACUCCUAAACAUGACAUUUUACUGGAGAUAGUUUCUACCAAGUCUCAUAGGUUUUCAGGUAUUGGCAUUUGCAAAACUGUCUUGCCACUACUGCUUAAGGAGUGUUCAUUACUGCAAAGAUUCCUUUCAUAUUCACAUCUCAAUUUUGUUGUCAAGGUUGAUCAUGACAAAUCUGAGCUGGUUUCCAGAUGAAAAGUUGUGCUUUUAAGCUUUACUGGCCAAGUUAACCAUGUAUUCAUAGCUUAGCUAGAGACACUUUACUGUCACAGCACAUGUCUCCACCAAGGAGUUCAAAAUUAGAAUGCUGAUGGUAAUUUGUAGGCUUUUGGAACCCUAAAAAAACCUUUGGGUAGAAGAGAGGGGAUGGGGGAGGGGGAGGGGGGCAGGGUUGACCUGUUACAGAGUGUAUCCAUCCAAGGGGGAUAACGGUAGCAUAUUCAUAUCAGUUUUGUACAAAGACUUUUUACAUGUUAAGUAAAUGUUGCAUAAUUAGGUGACUUAUAUUAAAGCCUUUUUCACCACAAGAUGUGCAUUUUUUCAGAUUUCUUGGUAAUGGUCUGGCAACCAAUGUGGAUAAUGAGGCCUGGAAACAAAGACGUGCCAUAAUGAACCCAGCUUUUCACCGCAAGUAAGUAUCAAUAGUUAAGUAGCAUGCAGGACCUAAUUUUCUUGAAACUUUUUGGGGGUAUACCUCAACCCUUUCACUUCUAAAUCUAAAUAAUGGUUCCCCAUAUUGUCUACCACACAUUUAAUUCUUAUAAUUUUAGCCUCAAUAAUAUGGGGCUAAAUCAAACCAUAUAUAUACCCCCAACUACACAUUUUCCUUUCUUCUCAAACCCUUUCUGGGUGAAGUUUUAUUGCUACUGUAAGGAGAAACACCUUUUUGAUCAUCCUUGGGGGUGAAAGGGUAGAUUAUAUUGGCUUGCAGUUUUCAUAAAGUCCACCUGAAUCACUAUCAUGAAUAAUGAUUAUGCAUCUGCUGCUUAGCUGUUAUCAUACUUUUUAAAAAAUAGCUGUUUUUUGUAUUAUCAUAAGCUUUGUAAUGCAAAGUUUAUUAAAAGAAUAAGUAAUCCUUAUUGCUAGUUUCUUAAGUAUUGUGAGUAAUUUCAGUUUUGUAAGCAAUGAUGGCGUGAGAGAAAGAUAUGUUUUUCGUCUUGUCACAAGUGUGGCACAAGGAAAAAAAUUCUGAAUACCCAUGAAGAAUCGAACCACGGACCUUCCAAUUCCUUGUUCUGAUGCCCUAUCACUGAGCCACAGAGAUGGUGAGCAAGGCUAUUACGAAUUCCACAUAUGAUUCCACAUGGGUACUCAAAAUAUCUUCUUUGUCCUAUGCUUAUUUCAAGACGAAAAAGCAUCUUUCCCAAGCUCAAAAUUUACUAUGUUUCAUAUUCUUAAUUUAAAAAUAUGUAAUUGUUUCUUACUGCUACAUUUGUAGAUGUACAGUGAAGAACUUACAUUUCAAAAGUUUCUUGAGAUGUAAUAUGCACAUGCUUCACUCCAUCUUGUUUAAAUCACUUUCUCAUUGACAGGUACCUUAAAGAUUUGAUGAGUUCUUUUAAUGCCACCGCUGAUCUCCUCAUUGCUCAUCUGGGCAAAAUGGCCGAUGGAAAAACAGAAGUUUGCAUACUUGAACAGUUUGGUCACGCAGCUUUAGAUAUCAUUUGCAAGGUAACACCUGAGCUGGUCCUUAUGUCGUAAGUGAUUCAGAGCACAUUUAGAUGAAGCAUUUUGAAAACGAAACUUAACUUAACACAGCAGCCAAUCAGAUCAAAGGGUAUUUUUCAUAAAGAACCAAUGAUAAAUCAAACAGAUUCAAGCCGGGGAAAUUAAAAUGCCAGAAUGAGAAGACUAAUUCAGCCUUUGCUUAUGUGGUGCAAUGUAUGCUUACAUACUUGAUAGCCUCUUUUUUUAGCUUUUAAGGAAAGGUAUUGAUUUUAUUUUCGACAAAUUCAGGUUUAGGUUGAAAAUUUGGGAUUAUCACUUGAGUAGAAUAUCAACAGUUAUUUUCCAAAUAUUAGGAUGUAUUUAGACCAAUUAUUGAACGACCAAGAUAUUUUUGAUUAUCAUGAAUUCUGUCCACUAAGGUGUAUACACUGCCUUAAUGGUGUUAAUAGCUAAACUUCAAACAAGCCCGAAGUCUCCAAGGGUUCCGGUGCCAGACCCUUGGAAAACCCCUCCCCCACUUGUCCCAAAUCGUCUCGUGGGUGGAGAAACGUGUGUCCUAGCUGCGGCGCGAAUAAUAAGGGUCUGCUCGUAGGCUAGAGGAAAUUGAUGAAAAAAUAUCUGGACGCAGGAGUAAGUAGGAUUACUUUGUUAAUUUUUUUAAAUGUUUUAAGGAGCAUCAUCGUUUUGAAUUCUUUGUCGUUGUGUAGGUUGCUUUUGGCAUGGACGUAGAUGUAAUGAGUGGAAAGGAUACAACAUUUAGAGAUGCAGUUUCUCUGAGCUUUGAAGGAGCUCACGUUUCACAAAUGAGCAUUUUUCACAAGGUAUUUCAUUCGUGCCAUGGCGCCACAUAGAUUAAUAAAUCAGUAAAUAAAUCGAUACAGUGCUCCAAGCUGCUACCUUUUGGGCUAGGGGAAGGUGUGCAGUUGCUAAGAUAUUGACAUUAAUCCGAAUAUGUUUAAACCAGUGGCACAUCAAUGAUUCUACUCUUUGGUUUAUUUACAUUUUUUCAGUGGAACAUUUUCCAAUAUCCAUACCAAUGGCGCGUGAUAAAGGCAGUAAAGUUUUUGCGUGAAACUGGAAGGAAAGUCAUUGAAGCAAGAAAGCAUGCCAUGGCAGGAGGAGAAGAGGUCCCUGAUGAUAUAUUACAACGAAUUAUUCAGCAGCAAGGUUAGUUUUGUUAGGUAUGUGAUCAGUAUCUCAGUUGCUGAGUUGGUGAGUCACUCAGUCAGCCAAUGUGUAAGUCAGUAAGUAAGUCAGUUAGUCAGUUAGUCGGUUAGUCAGCUAGUUUUUCAGUCUGUCGGUCUGUCAGUUAGACAGUCACUCAGCCAGUCAGUUAGUCAGUCCGUCAAUCAGUCAGUCAGUCAGUUAGUCAGCCAAUCAGUUAGUCAGUCGAUCAGUCUGUCAUUCAGUUGGUCAGUCAACUAGUCAGUCAGUCAGCCUUUCAGUCAGUCAGUCAGUCAGUCAGUCAGCCGGUCAGUCAGUCAGUUAUUCUUUCAAUCAAUCAGUCAAUCAAUCAGUCAUUCAGUCAGUCAGUCAGCCAGUCAGUCAGUCAGUUAGUUUAUUAUUCGGCCAGUCGGUCGGUCAGUCAGUCAGUGUGUGAGUCAGUCAUUCAGUGUGCAGUCAGUCUGAUAAGUAUUCUUUUUUAAUUUUCUAGAAUCAGUUCCAAACCUUGAAAUUGAGGACAUGUUGGAUGAUUUCGUUACUUUCUUCGUUGCUGGUAAGACACUUCGUAUGUAAAUCAGUUGGCUUAAAAACUCUUAUCAUCUCUCCACGCAGCAGACACAUAUUCUCGGUGUGUACUUACUAUUUUCAUUACCAUCUUUCAAGGUCACGAAACUACAGCCAGUUUGUUAAGCUUUUGUGUUCUUGAGCUGGGAAAUCAUCCGGAGAUAGUUGACAGGUAAGACUUAAAGACCAACCAAUUUUGACGUGGAGGGAACCCCGGAAGUGGUUGGUUACUUGGGUGGGGUGGGGGGUGGUAGUUGUUUGAAAGUUGAUGUGAAAGUUAAGUUGAAUUGUCGAAUUUUAAACUAAGAUAAUUUUUUGAACACUCCUCAAGUUGCCAUAUACCAUAAAAAUGUGAGAUGACAUUUGGGUCCUUCCCUCCAUGCGGCUUCAGAGCUCAGUUUAAAAAACUGCGCAAAUUCGAAGAUGAAAUAAACGAUGUCGUAGAUGAUGUCUAUAACUCCCUGACCAUACGCAAUCUUCUGUUCACGUGCUUACAUACUGUGACUGAACAGAUUGAGGGUAUUGAACGAUGUGCACGAUCAGGUCGGGAAACCUCUGCAAAAUAUGUUGCGUAUAGAAACCUAUCGGGUUUCAAAUAUAACUAGUGCUUCUUUAAACUAUGGAUGGUAGUGGUAGCCAACGUGUAUCUAGAAGGCUGAGGUCAUGUCCUGGCUGAUUUUUAAGAGUUUUUUCUGAGUUUUCUUUAACCCUUUAGCUUCCAGAUCAAAUUUGCAAAUCUUUUUACUGUCAACGAUACAAUUCUAAUAAUGUUUGUUCAGAGAAUUUAGUAUUGGAUCAACUAGCUAUCUCUAAAUUGAUAUUUUUCUUUAUUCUCAUCAUUUAUCUGGUGGGUAUUGUAUUGAUAUUGUAAGGAGAAAUUCUGUCUUGGUCACUCAUGGGGGAGAAAGGGUUAACUUCAGUUUGUCUGUAGGAAUGUCACAAACAAACUACGUUACAUCGUAAUCUUUUCUUUUUUUCUCGUCCAGUUUGUUGGAAGAAACACAUGAUGUUCUGGGACCUAAACAGCAUGUUGCGUUUGAUGACCUGGCUAAACUCAAACAACUCGGGCUGGUAACGCUUCCCUUUUUAGCAACCUUUUUUGAACCAAAAAAAGAAAAUAAAACACACACAGAUACUAGUGAAUUCACGAGACUGCUAGGGAUCGUUGGUUGGUCAGUUUUUGGAUUAAAUAGUUCAUGGCUUGUAGCUACAGUUUAGCCGUUUAUUAGCGCAUUUUAAGAAUUCUCUGGCGAAGUUGCCCGCAAACUUAUAAGAGAAAUGAGUCGAAUUGAAAAACAUAGAGCUUAACGACGAGUGGCAGUACUUUCCCAGAUGCCUCUGAACAAUUUUUAAUUUACUGUCGAAAGUAAUCCUGAAUUGUAUUGUUUUUGCAUUUCUUCGAGCUUUGAUUGCUCCUGAAAACUUGCACCAUCCUCUCAACCAAUUAGAUACAAAACUAAAACCAAACGCCACUCUUUCACUCCUGUUUUCCCACGCUUAAGCUGUUUACUGCUUGUUUUUGCUCUGAGUUGUUGCUCUGACAUAGUCCUUUGUUCCGAUUGGUCGUAGUGAUCGCUUUAGAUUUGUUUCUUGACGCUCAAUCGAAAAGCGCGGUAUUAGACGUAAAGGUUAGGUCAAUUAGUUAAUAGCGCUUCCUUUUUAAACUUUUUUUUAUAACUACGUCGUCAGCAUGAGUUAUGAUGAUAUGUAUCCGCCAUAGAUCAUGACUUAAACUGCUUGUCACUUUUAAUAGGUACUGAAAGAAACCUUACGUCUAUACCCUGCGGGAGGUUCUGGUUCACUACGAAUUUGUGAAAAGGAUAGAGAAUUUGGAGGAUACAAAAUACCUGCCAACGUUCCUAUCCUGGUAUAGUCUUUAUCUCUAUCUCUGUCUUUGUCUCUAUUUCCGUCUUGUUAGCGCAAAUGUCAAAUUUACUUCAAACAGUUCAAUUGGUCCUUCCCCUUCUGUUGACGAGAAUCGGCCCUCAUCUCAAUUUUCAUAAUUUUCGUAGCUUUCGCACAGGGUUGAUGGACUCACGAACACUUUUGCAAUUAUCGAUGUACAUAUUUCACAAUUCACAGAAUGACCUAACACUGCUCAGAACACUAUAUCAAAUAUUCUCAGUCAAAUUUUCAAUUUCCUUUUCUACGUAAAUCAGUCAGUAAAAACAACGAGCGCUUAAUGCUAGACUAUUUGAGUUGUGCAAUUUUUUCUUUAAAGCUUUUAAAUUUUUUAGAACAAAAUUUUCGUUUCGCUUCCUCCUUUUUCUCCCCCAAACGAAUAAGGUUGUGCUUAUUAAUUUGUAGAUGAGCACCUUUGUCAGCGGCCGAUCUCCUAAGUACUGGACUAAGCCUGAGGAAUUCAAUCCUUACAGAUGACUCAGAAGAAUUCAAUAGGUAUUUAGUGCUACUCUUCACGAGCUGGUUAGUUAUAUUCGUCUAUACAAAAAUGUUACGGUGACCUUUGACGCAAAUAUGCUUGUGGAAUUAAACGAGAGCCUAUCCACAUUUCUCUUGUUGUGUACGAUGUUCAAUGUACGCCAUUAGGACCUACAAUAUACAAGCGAACGGAACUAUGGGACAUGAGAGUAAACCGACCAUGUUGUUGUAAGUUGUGUUCAGAGUCAAUCCUAUUGUUGUGUUGGUCAUCCGACCCCAAACAGCACAUUGGGUAUGACCGCCAUGUGCAAUAAAAGGUUGAUUCGAACGCUAGAGUAACAGUCGUUCGUGUUGCGUGAUCAUCGAGGGGGGGGGGGUAGUUUUUGAAAAGGACUUAACUGUCGCUGAAAAGUGAAUAUGACAAGUGAGGUUUCUUGUGACAGGACUUAAAAGCUUCAAGGAUUAAUUUUCGCCUCAUACAACGACGACAGUGACUUCGUCAAUAUUUCACCCUCAGGCAUUAUCCCCGGUAUACAACGCAACUGUAUAUGUUUCAAAUGAAAAGGGAGCUUCAAUUAAUGUGUGAGGAAUUUUGUUUUUUUUCUCGAUGCCGCUUUUAGGUCUCAUUACAAUUACUUCCCGUUUUCACUUGGACCCCGGAACUGUAUCGGACAAAACUUUGCACAGGUAAGGCAACUAGGGAGUAUCCGGUUAUGUAAGGUGGGGGGAUCCCUUAUGAUCCCUUCUCUUUUUCGAUGAUCUUCGAUCUAUCGUACUCGUAAAACAACCAAGCACACCUCAAAAUGCCCACAAGAUACUUAUGGUAGGACCCCCACGGAAGGAUCCCGUUUCUGUCCCAGUGCGCGUUUCAUUUAUUUUUCAAGAGGAGUUUGUAAGCUUGAACAGAACAAGUUGACUGGUAUCAAAAAGGGGUUGGUGGUAAGAAUUGGUUUUAAUCUCUACAUUAUCUUGUUUUCUUUUAAAAUUGUAGAGCGACAAGGCAGAGAGCAAUGUAAUUAAUAAGAGAUUUUAUCAAAUGAUUUUCGACAUAUUAUCGUCACACUAAUGAACAGGAGAACAGCCCCGUUUCGCGCCACUUCCUUUCGUUAGUUUAUUUCAUGAAGCUUUUUCUCCUUUGAAAAUUGUCUGAUUAUCGCCUCUUGUUUUGCCAUCAAACAGAUCGAAGCCAAGGUUUUGCUGUCACGCUUCCUUCAGACGUUCAAGUUUUCUUUGGUACCUGGACAGUCACGCGAUAUUCUUGAAAGAGUCACGCUUCGACCCAAGGAUGGCGUUAUGUGUACUUUGACUAAGCGAAAUUAACCUACUUGUCGAGCUCUCGCUAUAAUGGUUCGGAAGCAGCUCCCAGAAAUUCCAUUUGUGAAGAAAGCGGGUCCUUCAAUGAAAUUGCUGCAUAUAAAGCAUAUUUUAAUGACCUAGAAAGACUGAGGACAUCUCUAAUUAAUUAGUAGCAACAGGUAAUCAUGCAGUAUAUUUUUACGGUACUUUCACAAAGUUUUGUGAAAUAACUAGUUUAGAG